CCAGCGGGUGGCGCUAAAACACAUUCGUUUGUUUGACAAACACCAUUAGACCUCAGAAGAAGAAGAUUAGUUUCACCGCGCUCUCUGUUGUUUUGUCGUGGUGCUAGUUUAAUACAAACUGUUAGAAAUGUUGUUUCUGUAAGUGGAAAAAUACAGUUUUUGUAUCAGGUCAUUAAACGCCUGUAAUAUUCUCAUCAUCACAGUCGUGACUAAGUUUUGAAUCAAGUCGGAAAUUCUGGAGGAGUGUCAGCUGAACUGAGAUCUGCUGUGAAUAUGGAGUUUGUUAAAGAGGAGAGUGAGGAAAACACGAGUGAAAUAAAACAAGAGGAACCAGAAACCUGGAAAAUACAACACGAGGAACCAGAAACCUGGAGAAUAAAAGAAGAGGAACCAGAAACCAGGAAAAUAAAAGAAGAGGAACCAGAAAUAUUGAGAAUAAAACAUGGGGAACCAGAAAUAUUAAGAAUAAAACAUGGGGAACCAGAAACCAGGAAAAUAAAAGAAGAGGAACCAGAAAACUGGAAAAUAAAAGAAGAGGAACCAGAAACCUGGAGAAUAAGAGAAGAGGAACCAGAAACCUGGAGAAUAAAAGAAGAGGAACCAGAAAUAUUGAGAAUAAAACACGAGGAACCAGAAACCUGGAGAAUAAAAGAAGAGGAACCAGAAACCAGGAAAAUAAAAGAAGAGGAACCAGAAAUAUUGAGAAUAAAACAUGGGGAACCAGAAAUAUUAAGAAUAAAACACGGGGAACCAGAAACCAGGAAAAUAAAAGAAGAGGAACCAGAAAACUGGAAAAUAAAAGAAGAGGAACCAGAAACCUGGAGAAUAAAAGAAGAGGAACCAGAAAUAUUGAGAAUAAAACACGAGGAACCAGAAACCUGCAGAAUAAAAGAAGAGGAAUCAGAAACCUGGAGAAUAAAACGCGAGGAACAAGGAGAGUUCAUUGAAGAGAAAGAGGAGAAUGAAGAAUCAAGUGAAGUUGAGGAGAAAAAUCAUAUUAAAACUGGAGGAAAACAUUUGAGUUGCUCUCAAACCAAACAGAAAGAUAUAAAGAAAAAAAGAGUCAAGAAAUCUUUCACUUGCACUCAGUGUGGAAAGAGUUUCACACACAAAGCAAGUUUUGAGCGUCACAUGAGAAUUCAUACUGUAGAGAAACCUUUCACUUGUGAUCAGUGCGGGAAGAGUUUCAAACAAUCAGCAAACCUUAAGAGACACAUGAAGAUCCACACUGGAGAGAAACCGUACACAUGUGAUCAAUGUGGGGAAAUGUUUUUAUGGGCUUCACUUCUUAAGAAACACUAUAAAUUUCAUUCAAAGAAGAAACCACAUUCAUGUACUUUGUGUGGUAAGAGUUUAUUGAAUCUACAAAGUUUGAAAGAACAUCAAAAAAUACAUACUAGUGUGAGAGAGCACAUGUGCUUUGAGUGUGAAAAGACUUUUAGUUCAGUGAGCAAUUUAAAACAGCACGAGAGGAUCCACACUGGAGAGAAACCUUAUAAGUGUUCACACUGUGACCAGAGAUUUAAUCAAUCAGCAAAUCUGAAAACACAUGAGAGGAUCCACUCUGGAGUGAAACCUUAUAAGUGUGCGCACUGUGACAAGAGAUUUAAUCAAUCAACACAUCUGAAAACACAUGAGAGGACCCACACUGGAGAGAAACCUUAUAAGUGUUCACAAUGUGACAAGAGAUUCAAUCGUUUACCAUAUCUGAAAACACAUGAGAGGAUCCACACUGGAGAGAAACCAUAUAAGUGUUCACACUGUGACAAGAGGUUCAGUGAUUCAUCAAGUCUCAUAACACAUGAGAGGAUCCACACUGGAGAGAAACCUUAUAAAUGUUCACACUGUGACAAGAGAUUCAGUGAUUCUUCAUGUGUGAAAUCACAUGAAAGGAUCCAUAAUGGAGUGAAACCUUAUAAGUGUUCACACUGUGACAAGAGAUUCAGUCAUUCAGCAAAUCUGAAAACACAUGUGAGGAUCCACACUGGAGAGAAACCUUAUAAGUGUUCACAGUGUGACAAGAGAUUUAAUCAGAUGCCAAGUCUGAAAACACAUGAGAACAUCCACAAUGGAGAGAAACCUUAUAAAUGUUCAAACUGUGACAAGAGAUUCCUUGUUUCAUCACAUCUGAAAAUACAUGAGAGGAUUCACACCGGAGAGAAACCUUAUAAGUGUACACACUGUGAUAAGAGAUAUAGUGAUUCAUCAAGUCUGAAAAGACAUGAGAGGAACCAUACUGGAGAGAAACAUUAUAAGUGUUCACACUGUGACAAGAGUUAUAUAGAUUCAUCAAGUCUGAAAAGACAUGAGAGGAUCCACACUGGAGAGAAACUGUAUUAA